AUGGAUGUCGCAGGAAAACUGAUACCAGAGACCAAUAUGUUGGAUGACUACACACACAAGCGCUUCCGCGCCAUCUGGGAGAUGGGUCGCCUCCAUACUCGCGAAGCCUGGCUGUCUGUAAUCCCAGCUGUGUGGGGAGCGAGUAUCGGUGCAAAGGCAGGCUGGACGGAUGGAUGGUCAUUUGCCUGGGUUCUGUUUGGCAUCUGGGCAAGUGCAACGGUCUCCCAUGCCGCAUUUUGUACAUGGAAACAAGUUGAACGAUGCAAAGGCAGGCCGCUACCAUCCGGGCUCAUCUCCGUCAAAGAGGCCACUUUCUUCUUUCUCUGUUGGAUACUUCUCACCCUGGGGACUACCUGGUAUACACUAGGACCACAGGCGACUCUGUGUACCACACCUGCGUGGCUACUGGGCUUGAUCUAUCCCUUUAUGAAGCGGGUCAUGCCCUUCCCUCAGCUCGUGGUGGGUCUCUCUGUUGCCAGUGGUGUUAUGCCGGGGUAUGUCUCUGUUCGGGGGAUUCUCGAGUUCAACGGGUCGGUUCUAGCUCUGUUUGGGGCAACCGCCUGCUGGAUUAUCUUUCUUGACACCGCCUACGCCUCGCUUGCGGUGUUCCUGGGAAAGCGUGUUCGGAUGUUCCUUGCCCUAGCUGCUGUCAUUACUAUUGCAUUCUUCUCUACGGCUGCUUUACUGAGCAAUCUCUCUCUAUUUACCUGGAUCUUCGGUGUUGGGGUAUGGGCAGCCAGCAUGAUACGGAGCAUAUUUCUAUUGGAUCUCAAUGUCUGCGCGUCUGGGGGACGUGUGUUCAAGUCUAACAUUGAACCCGGCUUUUAUCUUACGGUAGUUACACUUGUGGAAGGGUAUCUUCAAGCGUGCUUUUCUUGA